GCUGGACUGAGUCAUGGGUGGAGGGGUGAAACUGUUAGUUUCCUCAUCAGAAAAGGUUGCUGGGUCUCACAGGGUUUUAUUAACAGCAGCAGAAUUCCCUCUGUAAUAACUUUAAACCAUGAAACUGAUUAAAACAUGUUUCAGUGGAUUCACUGUGAGAGGAGGAUGAGAGGAGUCAGUGUGGCAGCCUGAGAAGAAACUCCUGUCUUACCUGUCUCUCUCUCAACAGGUGAUAAAUAUCACCUUUGCUUUGUGUCUUUGUCCAUGAAUGAAUGAACAUGAGGAACAUGAAUGAAAACUGAAAACAGAUUCAUGUUUAGAUUUAGUCAAAAACAAACAGUUCCAGAGUGUCUGGAAAAGUUCCUGUGGUAAUAAUAAUAUAUAAUAAUAUAAUAAUAAAGUAGAAACAUUAGAAUGAAAAGAAAAGUUAGUUACAGCUCAGUUAUAAAAAGUAAACAUUUCUUUUUUUAAAAGCGUCACUUCCUUCUAUUUCACAAAAGUCUGAAUAAUAAUUUCAUUCAUGUUUUUAAAUCAAAGGCUCAGAGUCUUAAACAAACACUGGUUUUCAACACCCUGAGAGUUUGUUUGUCUACAAAAUCACAAAGUCUCAAUUUUAAACUAAAAUAUUUCUCAAGAGAGAAAAACAGGAAUUCUGGUGUUGGAGGUUUGAAAAUGAAUCAUGUAAAAAAAAUAGUGAAAGUAAAAACAUUUCAUAUUUUUUGUCUGACUUUCUGUGGUUAUUUGAAACGGAUCUGACAUCCGGUUUCACAUGCUCUGAGAAUAAAGGGACAUUUUUGGUCGAUUGACUCUGAUCAAUCAGUCAAUUAUUGGUCUCUGAAAUAUCUGUUGGUCAGACUGAAGACUGUGAGAAAAGUCAGAAACCUGACCUCUGUGUGGUAAGUAAAGUUUAACGAUUAUUGUCAGGUUCAGUUAAUUUGCAGAUAAUUGUGUCAAUCAGUUGAUUAAUUGUGUGAAAAUAAAAUCUUAAAAAUGUCUUAAAAAUGUUAAGUGACGUCUUCAAAUGUCUUGUUUUGAUUCAGUUCAGUGAAACAAAACAAACAUGAGAAUCACUGAAACAAUUAAUAAAUCACUAAUAUCAUUUGACUUCACUUACUGUUUUAGCGUCUGUGUGAGUGUUAGGAAAACAGACUUAAUACAUUGAGCAGGCAUUUUAUUAGGUACACCUGUCCGGCCCGAUGUAAUACAACACAGUGGCUUCAAUCCUAAUAAGGCUAAUAUGUUCAGGUGUCAGAAAUGUGAAAAUUUGACUACAUGUUAUUACUAAGUUUCAGAAUCAGACUGAAGUUCAUGUGGACAAAGAAUUAGUAACAGCAAGUAAGAAUAGACAGCUGAGGAACAAAAAGCAGUAAAGAGCAGUAAAUAGUGGUAAGCAUUAUUAUUAUUAUAUAUAGUUUAUACAGCAAAGAAGAAGAAAUGUUCUGUGUGAUAUAUUCACAGUGUGUAAAGAUAAUGUUAACUUAAAGGUGUUGUCUUACUGGACGACAUGACAUGAAGUAUUAUGAGAAGGUGGAUGUUAAUGUCAGAUCUGACUGUACAGGUGUUUCUGAUAAACUGUAAACACCUGGUCAGGUGUGUGUCAGACUCUACCGGCAGAAUAAAGUAGAGUUGGUGUAUCAGUGAUUAUGAUCCAGUGAUAUAAUAAACUAUAUGUUUGAUAAUGGAGUAUUUUCUCAGUCAGUGAUGUGAUGUUCCUCCACUUCUACCAGUCAGCCUCAGUCAAACGUCUGUGUUUACGUCUUCCUCCUCCAGUCCAGCAGAGCUCGCUGUUCGCUGUCGUCGCUUCGCUCUCCUCUGAGCGAACUGUCGUCGACGCGGAACUCGGUGUCUCUGUUUACCUCCCCGCUGCCUCUCUUUGUUCGCUGGAAGCUCAAGUUGCGCAGAAAAGGGGUAAAAUGUGCGCUGUGCAGCUGCUGCGGGUGUCGGUCCAUGAGCGGAUGAGCGCUGCCGCUGAAGACUUUCUCCUACAGGUGGAGAAAAGAGAAGAACCGGCUGAAGUCCCGGCGCUGAGAGCGCUGCUCACCGAGCGGCUAACGGCGGCGGCGGAGGAGAUCGUCGGUCUGUUUGAGGAAACCGUGGCGGAGUACGAAGACAGAGUGGAGCGGUCGGAGCGAGAGAUCUGCCGCCAGAGGAGGCUGCUCGAUGCUGUGCUGAAGCCCGAAGUCAAACUGCACAGAGCAGCAUGUCCUGCAGACGUCCAUCAGCUUCUGAUCAGGACCGAGGAGCUUCCCCCUGAGCAGCAGGAGUGGAUCUCCAGUCUGGACCAGGAGGACCAGGACGACCCAGAGGCCCCUCACAUUAAAGAGGAACAGGAGGAACUCUGGACCAGUCAGGAGGGAGAGCAGCUUCAAGGACCGGAGGAGGCUGAUAUCACCAAGUUCACAUUCACUCCUGUUCCUGUGAAGUGUGAAGAUGAUGAUGAUGAAGAGAAAGCUCAGUCCUCACAGCUUCAUCAGAGUCAGACUGAGGAGAACAGAGAGGCAGAGCCUCCAGCCAGCAGCUCAACUGAACACAUGGAGACAGAGGCUGAUGGAGAGGACGGUGGAGGACCAGGACCAGACAGGAACUCAGAUCCAGACAGACAUUUACAACCUGUUAGUGAAGACAAUUCUCUAGAAUCUACUGAGACUGAUGACAGUGAUUGUGAUUGGACACAAUCCAAUGAAGCUCAGUCAGGUGUAGAGGUGGUUAAAAGCAGUGAAGCUGAGACUGAUAUUGGAUCUUUGAUGAAGGACAGACCGUUUCCUUGCUCCUAUUGUGGUAAAAGAUUUAGUCUUAAGGGGAACUUGAACAGACACAUCAGAGACCACACGGGAGAGAGACCAUUUCCCUGCACAGGUUGUGAUAAAUCAUUUAAAGACAGUGGGUCGUUAACGGCACACAUGAGAUGUCACACUGGAGAGCAACCUUACAGCUGCUUAUUCUGUGGGAAGAAUUUCAGCGGGAGGGGAAACAUGACCAGACACAUGAGAAUCCACACAGGAGAGAAGCCAUUUACCUGCUCAGUGUGCAAUAAAAGUUUUCAUGUUAAAGAACACCUCAACAGACACAUGAAGUACCACACAGGGGAGAAACCCUUCAGCUGCUCUGUCUGUGGUAAAGGUUGUGCUCAGAAAACAGACCUGAAGAAACACAUGAGAGUCCACACGGGAGAGAAACCGUUUAGUUGUCCAUUCUGCGGAAAGUGCUGUGCCGAGAAAGGAGACUUGACCAAACACAUGAGAGUGCACACAGGAGAGAAACCAUUCAGCUGCAACGUCUGCGGCAAAAGUUGUGCCCAAAAGGGCAGCCUGAAGAUUCACAUGAGAAUCCACACAGGAGAGAAACCAUUCAGCUGCUCCGUCUGUGGCAAAUGUUUUACUGUUACGGGACAUCUAAAGAGACAUAUGAAGCUGCACACAGCAGAUGGUCAGGUGACCAAGUCUCCAGACACUUUAUCAGGCAAAGAGAAGGAUGGCGUUGACAGCGUGGAACCGUCGAACACAUCGUGAUGGUCCAUCAGUCAGGAGGAGAGAGGACCUCUGAGUCAGUGAGGUGGUUUUGGGAUGCAGCCAUAUACUAGCCCACGUUUAUCAAGCUUCUCAGACUCGUGCCAUUAAGGAUAUUUAUUAGAUUGUGAUAAAUAACAGUGAUUCAGUUGAUCAACAGUGUUUCCCACAGACUCGGUUGUAUUUGUGGCUGUAGCUGACUGGGGAGUAGCCUGGUAAAUAAUACCAGCUGUAAACGGUGCUCCUCUACUUUGUGACACAUGAAUAACUUGUGUCACUUUGUGUCGAACAGAUGACCCUCAUUGAUCAGCUCCCGUCGGUGAGUGUUGACUCAGCCUGUACAUGUACGCAGCAGCUCUGUGCACACCGAAUGACAGACACACAGAGAGGGACGGUAAAGAGAAUUCAUUGAUUUUGUUGAUGGUCCACUGGCCCACCGAUGUGGCAGGAUUCCUCCCAGUGCUCCUGAUGGCCAGUCUCACUAUGACAGAUGGUCUGUUAGGGCUGGGUGAUAUGACUUCAAAUCAGUAUCAUGAUUAUUUCAAACUUUUACCUCAAUUAUGGAUAUUGAAUGAUUCUUUUGUCUCUUAUCGGUUUCUCUCUUCUUUUGAGUUGUGCUCUCUUCAUGGCUUUUGUCCGUCCAGAUCACAACACAACCCCAGAGUUAACAAACUAAAACAGGGUCAGCGCUGUGUUUCGAAAAGUCUCCGUUUUUAGGGGCUGAAAACUCAACGAGCCUCAGUUUUUGUGUCGUUCACAUCACCAGCUUCACUUUGAGUGAGCUCGGACGAAUGUUAGUUGGACGGGGCAGAGCCACAUGACUGAACACAAGGAAGUAUUGAUUAAGGGGUCAGUUCAUGAACGCAGCAUUGGGGAAAGUAUUGACUGAAUUAACCGACAUGAACAAGACUAAGUUGUGAGAGGGUCUAAAUGUCCUAAGUUCACACACACAGUUGGACAAUGAAAUAAGAUUUUUACCCAUUUAAAAUAUAAAAAAGAAAAAAAAAAGAAGGAAAAAAACACCAACUUAUCCACUGAUUCGGAUCAGAGCAAAGAAACAAUCCUCUGGAGGGAACAGGUCGACCUGGAGAGCAGGCUGAGGUGUUACAUUUAUCUCCAGUGUCGAACCGAACACACAAACCUGAGAACAUGGAGGCAGUAAAGACACAUUUCCUCUGAGGAGCUUGAUAAAAGCUGGAGCCUGAACACUACUCACACAAAGGCUGUGUGAAUGAAGAAAAAAAUGGAUGCUGCUGUUUGGCUACAAAUUCAGCUUUAUUAUCCCCAAUGUCGCUGUUAGAAACAAUGUGUUUAUAGUUUAUAGGAGAAAAUGGACAAGUCAGACACACAGUUGGAGGACCUGAAGAAGAAGCUUUGACUCGGAGAACAACACCUGUGGAGGACUGAUGGGAGCUUUUUUGGCUUAUUGUAACUGAAACACUCUGAUCUGCUUUUUUACUAACUGUUGUAUAAAAUCCUGUCUGAGGAGUAACAGAUAUCUGUUGCUGGAAGAUGUUUCACAGCAGGAUUGUUUUGCCAAAAAUUGUGGUUAAUAUUCGCAAAGUUGCAAGUCAGCAAGAUCUUUUAAGAACACUAAUCAUAAUAUGUGAUUAUAUGAAGUAAAAAUAAAAACAAUCUCCUUUUA